AUGAACUUUGAGCUCGGGUUGACAGAUGCAGAUCUCGAACUCCUUGACUCCUUGAAUAGAGCCUGCCCUCUGCAACAACCUCGGUUUAUUCAGGAGGAACAGCCGGCUCGGCGAGGUAUCCCGACUAGUCCGGGGUUUCCCAAUAAUGUCAACACAAAUCCUCUCCAUGAUUCCCCUUUGUCUCAUUGGACUCCCCGAGCGGAAGACAAUGCGUACAUGGAUCAGCACUAUCUGUCCGUACCCCAGCAUCUUGACACUCCAGAAUCUACAGGUAUCCCCAGUCCACGCAUUUUUGCAGAGCCCUUGUCGAAAGAGAGCCGAGAUGCGGCAUUUGCAUUAGUUGUCGAAAGAUGCCAUCAAAAGAGCUCGAAUCGAAUCAUGCAGUGCUUUCCAAGCGCAGAGCUACUAGAUAGUCUGGUUCAAUGUUUCUUUACACAACAGAGAUCCAAAAUUGAUGCUUGGAUUCAUGAGCCAACUAUGCAACUGAAUCAAGAAAGCCCAGAGAUGAUAUUAACUCUCGCCGCUGCGGGAGCAGUUCGCUCCGACGUGGAGGCAAUCCAGAGACUUGGCUAUGCUAUGCUGGAGGUGGCUAGACUUCAAGUCAAUGGCAAGGUAAUCACUGGCUACCGUGACUGUUAG